UUUUGGUUGUUUUAUAAAAGGUUGUACUGUGCAAGAACCGCGCGUUAUAUUCAACUUGUAUUACUUUUAACUGCGAGUAGUGUACGCGGUGAAUUAUGGUACGAUAAUUUUAAUAUUGCGUGAGGGAAAUAAAACCUAUUGUUCGUUUACGGUAUAUUGGGCUGCUCAGAAAAAAUAUUCGGAUUGAUAUUUGGGUUUUUAGCAUCUGAUAACAGUCUUUUUUAUAGAGAUUGCAGUGUCCGUAAGGGUAAUAGCCGGGUCGGACCCCACGCCGCUUUGCCCGGCGUUACGCUGCCAUAGUGCCGCCGGCCUCUGCCCUCUGCCCGCUUCAUAUUAGUGCCGCUGCCAUUUUAUAAAGUGCAACUUAUGUUAGUUUUCAAAAGUUAACCAGGUUGUUAUUAUUGCAGCCUAGGUUUCACAUUAAUUAUUAAUGCUUUCUGCAAAUAUUUCUCCUGCAGAAAAUGAUGCGCCAGGUUGCCAACAACAAUGACUACUGCAUGACUGGCAGGGCCUCCUGCCUGGCAGAAGAUGGCCGACACCCCGCGUCUCACUUUGACCUGUGCGCCUCGCAGCCUAACAAGUUCUAUCCACCUGCCCCGCCUGCAUCCCUGCAGCUGUCGCUGCCUCCGCUGCCUCCGCUGGCACAGAGCCCGCUGAAGGCCGUGUCGUGUCAGACGCUGGACGCCCGGAACGAGACUCAUCUCCAGGCAGUGGGGCUUAAAGCCAAUGAGGAGACUGAUGAUUCCAAGAAGAAGAAAGGCACUGGGAGGUCUGGGAGACGAGGCAGGCCUUCGGGGACCACAAAGUCUGCGGGCUACAGAACAAGCACUGGGCGCCCUCUGGGAACUACAAAAGCGGCUGGAUUCAAAACGAGUCCAGGGAGGCCUCUGGGCACUACCAAGGCUGCGGGCUAUAAGGUAAGCCCAGGCCGGCCGCCGGGCAGCAUCAAGGCGCUGUCUCGCCUCAACAAACUGGCCUAUGGGACCUGCAGUGGGGCUGCUUUCCCCUAUACAAUGAUGCAUAAGCAAGGCUUGUGCGAACCCUCUGGCAAGGAAAAGGAAGCUAACGAGUGAAGCCCGGCCUGUCCGUUUGCCGCCUGUCGGGGGGAGACGUGCGACUGUAUCCGUGGCUCUAUGGUAUAAAAGGUGUGUUUAGAUUGGCUGGUAUUUUACUGUCUACCAGCCUCAAAUGAAUCUUUUUUUAUUUUUGGUAUGUCAGUAUGUUAAACUUUGUGUUUAAAAUGAGAAUUACGAUGAUAUCACAUUAGAGAAGUUACUGUUUAUCCGCCACGGGACUGGUCGUAUUUGCAUUAAAGUUUGCUCAUUUUUCUUUUUACGGAAACUGUCAGUUGCAUGCUCGGUUGUGUCAGAAUGAGCGCAGUGCUGGAUAAAACGUGUUUGCACAUUUAUCAUUUAGCGUUAUGUUACUGCAGCAGACUGAGAAAGAUAUUAAACAGCAGUAAAUACUUUAGAUCUUACACUCCAAGAUAUUUAAUUGAUUAAUGGGCAUUUAUUUAACAUAAAUUCUGUAUUUGUAUAUUAAAGAAUAUUUUUCUGAAGAGUUUUGCCCUAAUAUACAUGUAUCUUUCCUUUGAGCAAAAUCACGUUACCACACUUCUUGAGUAUAACUAGUACGAUGGGAAAAAAUAUUGUGUAAAAACACUAUUUAAUCUGCAAAGUGCUUCAUUUUACUCCUCUUUGUAUAGGCUGAUGGGAUUUCUAAAAUGAUAGGCUUGUUUUAAUUAUGGCCCAUUUUGUGGCUUCAGAAUUCUCACACACUCCAAAAAUUUGCUGUGGUCACCGUUUGAUACACACUAGUUGAAGUAGGCUUUGAAUGACUUGUCAAUUUGUCGGUUGUACAUGACAAAUUAAGGAACCAUUACUCACUGUUUUUUAUGUGGAAAAGAAUCUUUAGGGACAAAAUACUAUGAGCGUAUGUGUAAUUUCUAAUGUUUCACCAGGUACUUUGAAAUUCACACGAAAGACUAAAAUAUGAGUAUGUUCUAGAUAUAGGUUACACCACAUCAAAAUAAAAAGAGAAAUUCGGUUAAAUUAUUGUCUAUUUACUGAAUUUUCACCUGUCAUACAAAAUAAAAUAUGAAUCAGGUGAACAAAGAGUUUUGAAAUCACUGCACAGUUAGACUGAGAAGUUCUUAUACUGUAGGAUAUGGACACGCUGGUCAUUAAUUUAGAGUAAACAUGCUGCUGUCUGUGGGCUUCAUAUUAUAAGUGUAUUAAUAUUUUGGGGGGAUUUUCAUAUUUCCCAUUCAUAUAUUCUUCUAAGGGAAACAAGUUAUGCUUUCACUUCCUAUAGUGACAUACACCUUAUAUACUUUUUUGUGGUUGUGUCUUAUUUACUUGGUUUUUAUUUUAUUUUUAUUUCGGUUCUUUGUUUAAUUUCUCCUCGUACUUCUGCUGGUGCAAUAUCGUGAAAUUCACUCUGCUGUCGAUUCCUCGUAUGAAAAUUUAAGGUUGGAGGCUAAUGAUGUUUUAAACAGUACAAAACUGUAAAAUCAUAAAAAAGGGUCAUAGGGUAAUCAGAUUAUAUUCCACUGUUAACGGUAUAUUUACAUUUUAUGCUGCUUUAUUCUGUGGUUUAACCUUCAUAUAUCUGUUUAUGUCUUUCUCAUUAUCCUUAUGGUUAUCAGUUAUUUGCUAAUCAUUGAAUGGUUCGUACCUUUCUUGUGAUGUUUCACUUUAAAGAACGUCCAACAUUUGUCUUGUUCAUCUAAAAGCUAAAUGUUAUUCUAAAAGUAACUGUAGGCACCCAAAGGAUAGGCAGUAAGCUGGAUCAUCAUUUAAAAGCUUCCCGUCUGUUUUUCUGUCUACCAACUAAAGAAUUUAAAAUUGAGCAAAUAAUACACCAUGAUUUUCACGUACAUCUCUGUGAUCUUUACACUUAAUUGAGCAUGAUGACUUGUAAAGCAGAUUCAGAGCAGAUGAACAAAAAUCAAUUUCCAUUCACAUCAUUUUUAUUAUUGACAUGCAUCGUUUUUUUAAAGGAGACUAUUCGGUUAGAACUAUGUUAUUUAAUAUCUGUCAGUAUGUCUUAAAGUGUGUGUAAUUUGCCAUUCAGAGCUUUUUCAAAUAACCGGCAGUUUUAACUGAAUAAAAAGCUAAGAAACUGCAGUGCUGAGGUGUAGUCUGGGCCGUCCACUGGAUUUUCCUGGAAUCGUUUGCUAUAUGGCUGCUAAGCUGCCUCCUUUAUUGUGCCCACAUCUGUCUUUAUUCAUAUAGUCACGUCAUUCUUUACUUGGCAUUUAUGUUGUUUUAAAAUGCACCUUUGUCUGUACAGUACAUGGUGCUGAAAUUUGCGUUGGGUUUGUUCCUCUUUCAACAUAUUACUGAUCCCAGGUCAUUCGCAUUUUGUCACAUGUAUUUUUUGUUCAACAGACUUUAUUGAUAUGCAGAUAUGAAUUCUUUCUAUUGGAAAUAUUCACUUACUGGAAUAUUCCAGAGGCGACACUCCUCUGUGGUCGGCUUAAGGGUUAGUCCAUAAAAGCCUACAUAUUUGUCAGCCUUGAGGCCAAGUUCUAAAAUGGACAAAGUGGAUCUUGUAGAAAGACCUGGAUGUAGUGUAAUGUUAAAAUGUUUAAAUUCCAUUAAAACACUGGUGAAUACAGACUUUGGCUGUGUUGUUUUAAGAGUUAGAAAAUAAACUAAAAACGACACCAAUUAAAUGCUCUCCAUGUGUGAAACAGAUCAUUUAGAGGGGUCAUUUAGAUUAGCAAUAAAUGAGAAAAAUGUAUGGUACGGUAAUGUAGUGUUGCUUAAGAAGCCAUUUUACUAUUACUACUACCAAAAAUCUAUCAUGCUUAGCCUCCUUACAAAGUUCUUCUUGGCCUAUGAACAGAAACUGCAAUGGACAUUGAUAAGCACUCUCCCAGCUCUCUCUGACAAAGACUUAUUCUCUCAACAAACAAUAAAUUUUUAACUAAAUGUUAUGUCAUGCAUUGUUAGCAGUUCAUUUGAUCAGAGACGGGACUCUUAUCAUCACAAAAUUGUAUUUUUUUCUUGCAUGAUUGUUAAGUGUGGAGAAUAUUCGUGUAAUAAACAUAUGAAUAUCCUAAACAUGA